UGCUGCGGCUGCCCCGCGUGGUCGAACCGCCGGACGUGGGGGGCACUGGCAGUGCAUGCCCCCCCGCCCACUGCGCACCCGGGGCCCCGCCCAGUGCCAGCCCGAGCGACCGGCCUCCCUGCACCGGGCCCCGAGCAGCUGGGGGGCCCAGCCCCACGUGGUAGAUCUGCGCAGCGACACGGUGACCAGGCCCAGCGUGGCGAUGAGACAGGCUAUGGCCCAGGCCGAGGUGGGGGAUGACAACUAUGAGGAGGACCCAACGGUCAAUGAGCUCCAGCGCUUGGCCGCCCAGCUCCUAGGAAUGGAGGAGGCUUUGUUUGUGCCAACGUUGACCAUGGCAGAUCUCAUUGCUGUGAUGUGCCACUGCCAGCGCCGGGGGGGUUCAGCUGCUCGUCGGGAGGGAGGCCCAUCUGCAUGUCUUCGAGCAGGAAGGGGUUGCUCAGUGAACAUGGCUCGCUGGGGCAGAGCAUGGCUUUGGGUGCCCUCGGGCCUGUCCACACUCACUAUGCUGUCCUGGGCACAGGUAGCUGGGGUCCAUUCUCAGGUGCUACAGGAUCUGCCAGAUGGCACCUUGGACCUCAACGAGCUGGAGUCAACAGUCCGUGUGGGCUAUGGCAGCCGGUACCACCCUCGCUCAGUGCUCAUCUGCCUGGAGAACACCCACAGCUCUGCAGGGGGCCGGGUGCUCCCCCUUGCCUACCUCAGGGAGGUGCGCCUGCUUGCUGACUGCUACAGGCUGCUCAUCCACAUGGACGGGGUGCGGCUGAUGAAUGCGGCUGUGGCCCAAGGCGUCAUCUCGGCUCAGAUCACCCAGCACUGUGACUCCAUCUCCCUCUGCUUCUCCAAGGGGCUGGGUGCCCCAGCCGGGGCGCUGGUUGCUGGGUGCAGAGAGUUCGUGGCAGAGGCCUGGCGCGUACGGAAGCUGCUUGGUGGAGGGAUGCGCCAGGCUGGAGUGCUGGCGGCAGCUGCCCGCAUAGGGCUGGAGCGCAUGGAGGAGACAUUGCAGAGAGACCACAGCAACGCCCGCCGCUUCACCCAAGGCAUCUGGGAGCUUGGCUCGCCUAUCUGCUCCGUCGACCCCUCGGCUGUGGAGACCAACAUAGUGCUGGGGACGGUGGCUGUGCCCUGGCUGUCCCCUGAGAAGUUGUGUGAGCGCAUGCAGGCGGUGAGCGAGGAGGAGGUGGCUGAGACGGGGUGUGCUGUCAACGUACGGCUGCUCCCAUGGGCUGCGCGCUCCCUACGGGCCGUCUGGCACUGUGACGUCUCCGCACAGGACACCCAGCUGGCAGCCAACAAGCUGAAAUUUGUGGCCGAGCAGUGCUGGCGAGAGCGAGGUGCUGCACCCUAGGGCAGGCAGGAGGGGUGCGCCCAAGGCAGACAGGAGAGUGCUCCUGCCUCUGCUGCUGGCUUCCCUUUGGAGCCCAGGGCUGCCAAACCAGGAGUGACCAUACCAGCGCCAGCCGGGAGGCCCAAUCUGCUCAGCCCUCUGCAUGCCAGCGCAGCAGGAUGCCACUGGCUGGCCCUGGCCCUGGCCCAGGCCCAGGCCCAGGCCCAGCAGGAUGACCCACACAGGAACCCGGCCAUCUCCAGCCACAGUGCAGCAGAGGUGGGCCCAGCCCUGCCUGGGGAAGCACAGGGGUUCCCACCCCCUUUCUAGGAUUAAGCCAGCCAGGGCCAUGGCAGUGGGAGUUACAUGGGCAUGGCCCGUGUAGUUGCAUUGUCCAGCCUAAUGACUGAGCCAUGCCGGGCUGCACUGCCCCGUGCCUGUCGCUCGCCUGUCUACACUCCACCAGCCCGGCCAGAAGCUGCUCACGGCUCCAAACACCCGUGUGGACGCAGUGCUGCUGCCAGCUGAAUCAGGGCCUUGGCCCCUCUUCCCACAGUGCCUCUAUAGUUAUCCCACAAUCGAGUGUGACAACUUCUCAGGGUGCAGCAGGCCUGGGGGCAAGGCCAGGAGCAGUGAGAUUCCUGCCCACAGGGAUGUGCACUAUGGUCCAUGCACACAGGGCAGCGUGACCCAACUGCUCUACGGUUCAAGGGACUGUGAGAGGAUCUACACCCUGGAGCCUGUUGUGAGGAUGCAGGGCUGGAAGUGCUGAUGCAGCCUGCUGAGCUCCGAGCCGUUGCUGGCCCAGCAGGUUUGCACCUGUUGAUUGCUGGAGCUGGCAGCUUCCUUCAGGCACUGAAUCCCGUUGUGCCUCCUGGCCGCAUGUGACCCCAUGCCCCCGGAUUGGCGCAGGCUGCCCAUGGGCUCCGGGCGGUUGGUUAUGACCCACAAAGCCCUAAAUGGCUUGCCUGAGGGAUUGACCCUGCCCAUGCUGUGCUAGGUGAGAGGGUGGCUGGCAGGGCAUUCCCCAGGCAGGUACGGAGCCCCUGGCACUUGCUUUGGAGUGGCCCACCUUGGGGGCAUGCGGGGGAGGCUGAAGGGGGCUGGGCUCGGGCAGCCCAUGAUGGAGUCUCUGCAGUUCCUGGCUGAAAGCUCCUGUUUCUGCUGCUGGGCUGCCUGGAGCCUUGCAGAGACUGCUCUGCUUCCCUACGGCUUAAUAAAGAAUAAGCUCCUG